CUGCGCAUACCACUGCGCUACGGAGGCCGUCAAAGGACGUUGUUGAAAAUAGACCUUGAGCUAAAUAGCAUCAUCAUUUUAAAUCUUUUUUGUUUUAAAGCUUUUUGCAAGUGGAAAAUUUGGUAUAUACGUAGGUAGUACAACAUAAUAUUACUCGUAAAAAAACAACAUUUAUACUAAAUUCCAUAAAUUAUUCAUAUUUAAUGUUUAUGAAUUUAGGAACCUUACACAUAAUUGUAACUCGUAUAAAUUGCGAAUCUUAUUUAUUUCGAAAAUUGCGUUCGUCGCGACCGCAUUUAAUACUGUUUUAAAGAGAUUCUUUAAACUUUAAAUAUGGUAACUUUGUGUCGUAUUGGAUUGUGUAUUUUGUUUAUUGGUGCUAUCAAUGCGCAAGAUCAAGAUUCAGUUCACGCCUCAAGAGAAAUCGUUGUUCAUACGAACACAAAAACUAAAAAAUUGCAACGUAUAUCACUAGUAGAUUUGUUUAUAGAAGAUCUUACUGAACAACAAUGGGCAAAAGACGAAAUUGUUUGUUCAAGAAAAGUCUUAAAAAUAUUGCACAAUGUGAAAAAUUCCACAUUAUGGGCAACUUGGAUAUGGGAUUCAAUGCAGAGCCCCAUCGGAAUUUUCUAUGGAUCCAGAUAUCAAUUUGGCAGUUACGACCAAUGCAUGAAAGCACCGUGGCUGGAAACACACUCUGAAUAUCGAACAAAAUAUUGUCUUGCCGAUAUCAAGUUAUCUAAUGAAGAACAACAGGAAACCGUUAUUGUAGAUCCUCACAGUUCGGUGAAGACAUACCUAAACUCAAGGUCAAAAUAUGGGUUAACAUUUAGUGUUAUCACUUCUGGAGUGUGUGUUCCUGUGGAAUGUAACUCAAAAGCAAUUUCCAAAAUUGUUCAAAGUCUUUUUAAACAGUCGCAUCUUGGACUUACAAUGCCGAUUGCUGAAGUCACUAUUAAUCCAUGUGAGGUUUCUGGUGUUCAGAUGGAAUAUUCUAAGGAAUUUCAUUUUGUUAUGUAUGGUUUGGUCCUUAUUGCAGCAGCAACAAUCAUUUGCACAAUUUUGAAUACUUAUUUAAACCAUCAUAUCCGCACUAAUGUUGGAAAUAAGAUUAUCAAAGCAUUUUGUAUAAACGAAAAUAUAAAUUCGUUAUGGAAAAUGAAUGAUGACGAUUUAGCCUCAUUAAAUGGAAUAAGAUGCGUAGUCGGCGCUUUAGUGGUCAUACUGCAUGUAUGGUUUUUCAACAAUUUCAUUGGAUCUAUUAACCAUUUAGAUGUAGAUAAGGAUUAUGAAAAGUAUGACUUGAACUCUCUCUCACACGCUUCGCUCGUAGUCGACAACUAUCUCAUGAUAUCUGGAUUACUUCUGAUGAAGGGACUAAUGUUAGAGAAAUAUAACCCUUUUGUUACGUUACUGAAGCGAUACUUGAGAUUCAUUUGGACGUUAGCAGUGCUGCUCGCAAUAUCCAUCCACGUGGUGCCACACAUAGCUGACGGCCCGAUCUGGCAUAAGAUAAUGCAGCCACAGAUAGACAACUGUAAAAAAAAUUGGUGGAUUACUGCGCUGAUGCUUGGCAAUUAUGUCGACACUGCAAAUAUUUGUUAUCCCGUAUUGUGGACAGUGCCUUGUGAUUUUCAUCUAUCAAUCGUCGGAAUAUUACUAUUCACAUUGUACAAAAGGCAUCGUCGUAUUGGGUUUGCAGCUUUUGCAAUACUCUUCAUUGCAUCGAUAAUACUGCCCGGAGUUGUGACUUAUCAGAACAGAUUACCUGCAGUGCCUAUUCUUGAUAUAAGUGGUUUUAAGGACUAUCGUAAUCAUAUGUUGGAUAGCCCAACUUACAUGCAAAGUCACCUGCGAGCGGGCCCCUACUUAGUAGGUGUCGCUAUGGGAUACCUGAUUUCUAUAUACAAGUUAGACAAACGCAAAAACAUUAUCUCUCCGACGUAUUCUCUUAUAGGUUUCGUCGUAUCAUUUGGUAUAGCCUUAAAAAUAGUGGCGAUAGGUGGUAUUUUCCUAGAUAAAUCCCGGCCCUACAACGUAUGGGAGGCGACCUUAUUCGCCUCUUGUAACAGAAGCUUGUACGCUAUUGGUAUAGCUUGCUUGGUUGCAUUUUGCGAGUAUGGAGCAGUUCCGGCUAUUAGUGUUAUACUAAAAUCAGAAGUAUUUGUGGCACUUAGCAAGCUUUCCUACGGUACCUACCUCCUCCACAUGAUUCUCUAUUGUAAAGCUGUCGCAUCUACGAGAACUCCAUUGAAUCAUAGCAUGUACUUACUGUUUUUCAACGCAUCUGGUUUAUUCACAUAUUGCUCGACAGUCAGUUUGUUUUUUCAUCUUCUUUUCGAAGCUCCAAUGCGUAAAAUUCUUAAUAUUAUUUUUCAAACCAAAAUAAAUAAAAAUGACAGUGAAAUGAAAGUGCACGAAUGCAAUAACGGUGUAAGCAGCAAACAAAAGAAAACUUUGUAAAAAAAAUGCCACUUUGUUUCAAACUUCGUUUGCACAAAAGUUUUAGUCAUUGUUACACUUUGAAAGUUCUCCCUUUGUUGUAUUAAAAAAUUACAAACC